AUGGCGGCUCCGAGCCUCCGACACUGUUGCAUUGCAGAACAUUUGCUACUGACCGGAACCGGAUGCUUGCGACCGACGAAAGCUGAAGCUACUGUUCUGGGCUUUUCUACAUGGGUUGUUGUGGACUCUCGGCAACUUUCGGCCCAAGGGUGUGAUCUCAGGGUGGAACCCAUGGCGGCCGGGUCCCCACGCUUGACGCAAGUCUUGACCAGCAAGCCGGUGGAGCCGCACCAAGCGGAUGAUCUUCCGCAAAGUAACUCCCCAUGUUCGAGACGAGGGGCCACGACCUCGCCUCACAAGCAUGUUUCCUCGACGUUCCAAGCCAUGAUGGACCAGUUGGCGAACCAGCACAUGAAGGAGCUAGCAGCCAUGGUGUCCGUGAUGGAGCCGCACAAGAGGGACUUCGAAACUUCGAUGCAGUCCAUGACCAUUGAGCAUCGGACCAGUCGGGACAGUCAUCGGGACAGUCAUCGGGACAGUCAUCGGGACUCCCUUUCCUCCAAGACCGGCGAGGACAAGAAGCGCCCCGUACUGGCCAGGAGUGGAACCGUGGCUGCCCAGGUGAUGGUGAAACAUCACCAGGACAUCCCAGAAGUGCAUGCAGAAGAGAUCCUCGAGGCUUUGGAAAAGAAUGCAAGUGAGGAGGUGGUCGAACCAGAAAGCAUCAGAAGCAUGAUUCAGUUCAGGCAGAGCCCUACCGUUUUGGACCGGGAGCCUGUGCUCGAAACAGAUUCAGAGUAUGUUCGGAGGAUGAGCCGAAUGACCCGCCUUGAGAAGGUGCAGCGCACUUUGCAAUCGCCGCAGUAUGAGAUGUUCAUGGCUCUGGUAUUAUGCCUAAAUGUUGUUUGGAUGGCGAUCGAGUUGCAGCUAGAAGGUACAGUCACGGGACAGGAACUCAAUUUUUGGCAAGGAGGAUCCACGUCCCCUCUGAGUCAGAGCCGUCCCGUUUGGGAUUCUGUUCUUCUCAUCGGGGAGAUCUGCUUCACGUCCUUCUUCGCACUGGACGUCGUUUGCCGAAUUUGCAUCCUGGGCAGCUUAUUCUGGAAAGUUUGUCUGAACUACAUUGACGUGGCGGUCAGCAUCACGUCGAUCGUCGAGCUGUCCGUGACCGUCUCUUCACAGCUGCCGGUGAGCCCUGUAUUGUUCCGGCUUUUGCGCUUGGGGAAGCUUGCACGCGCCAUCCGCGUCGUGUCAAUGUCAAGUGUUCUUGCAUCGCUGCAGCUGCUGGUCAAGUGCCUUGCAUCCAGCCGCGAUAUGCUGUUCUGGAGUUUUUGCCUGCUGACCUUCGUGCAGUGUGUGGCCGGGAUGAUUUUGAGUACCCUCUGCGCCGAUUUCAUCAAUGACACAGGCAACAACCUGGAAAUUCGCAAAGAGGUUUUCCUUCACUACGGAACUUUUACAAGAACAAUACUUUCCAUGUUUGAGAUCUUGUUCGCAAAUUGGAGUCCACCAUGCAGAGUACUGGUGGAGAACAUUAGCGAAUGGUUCUCUGUGUUUUUUCUGCUCUACCGAUGUGUCCUGGGAUUCGCUGUGAUCAACGUGGUGAACUCUGUCUUCGUCCAGCAAACUAUGAAGACUGCCAGCUCUGACGAAGAGCUGGCAUUCAAGCAGAAGCAAAGAGAUAUGGACAUGUACACGAAAAAGGUACGGAAACUGUUUCAGACGAUGGAUGCAUCAGGUGACGGAGCGAUAAAUUUGCAAGAGUUUGCCAAGCUUGUGAAAUCACCGAAGCUGCGCUUCUGGAUGAGCCAGCUGGAGCUGGAGUAUCACGACCUUUUGAGCCUCUUUGAGUUCCUGGACAACGGUGAUGGACAGAUCACGUUGACCGAGUUUAUUGAAGGCGCAGCCCGCUUGAAGGGCAGCGCAAAGGCUUUGGAUGUCUGGCGCAUGGAAUGUAAGAUCGAGCUGCUGUUCGAAGAGGUGCUAAACCAUCUCAGAGGAAAGAAUCCGGGGAAUCCGAUGUCCCCCGCCAUAAGCGAGCUUGGUGAUCUUGGCCUUGGCAGCGCAGGUAUUGCGGCCGUGGCCGAUGUGCAAGACGUUUUUGCCCAAUCCGGCUAUCAGCACAUGCCUCCUGGUGAGAAGCAUCAUCGAGGUGAGUUUGUGCGUCGGUUUCUCGAGCAGGUGACACGCAAGCUGAACAGCGAGAAGGGGCAGACAUGGAAAACAGAGAACGGUGACUUGUUGCGAUCGCAACCGGAGAAGCUGUCCGGAACCUGGUGCUUCUCUGUGUACACUGUACAUGUGCACGGGUUGCUCUGGAUACGGUUUCAGCAGAAGGAGACCGUGGAGCACUUUGAGGGCUUGAUCAUCGGCAAGAUGAAGGAGUUCUGGUCCGGCAUGAUCAACAAGUGCAUUCCAAUUGGCCAGCGGCUCGCAGUCCCUCGGAACUGUUUUGCAUCCAUGGUGCAGACGGGAGCCAAAGGGUCCAAAGUCAAUCAGUCGCAAGUCAGCUGCUGCUUGGGACAGCAGGAGCUGGAGGGUCGCCUUCCACCCUUGAUGACGACGCAGAGGUCCUUGCCGUGCUUUGCCGUGCGUGAUCUCUCCAACCGAACCCGAGGCUACAUCGCUGACCGAUUCUUAACGGGCAUUCGACCGCAGGAGUUCUUCUUCCACUGCAUGGCCGGGCGAGAAGGUCUGGUGGACACGGCUGUGAAGACGUCACGCUCAGGCUAUUUGCAGCGAUGCCUCGUGAAGCAUUUGGAGGCACUCAAGGUGAGCUAUGAUCAUACCGUGCGUGACAGUGAUGGCUCCGACGGAGUUGAUGUCACUCGGGCCACGUACCUUUUCAAGUUCGAAGAGCUACGGUCCAACUUCCACUUCUUCGCGCAACCUGUGAAGAGCAAACUACAGCAGAUGAGCCAAAGCAGCCAAGCUGUGGAUAUCCAGUGUGCGCGCCUCUUCUUGGCCGCCAGACAGGCAGCCAAAGAUGGCAACCUCCCAAAGGCACUCGAGGCCGUUGAGGCACUGCUGAAAUUGCAGACGGAGUUGGACUCCUGCUCACUGCUUUCCCUGAAGUCCCUGCGCAAGAAACUUCGGAGCCACAUCAAGAAGGGCACAGCAGCCGAGUGUGACCGCCUAUUCGAUCCCAUUUCUGCGGUGCUAGGGCCUUCGCACUACUACGGAGCGACAUCGGAGAAGCACGAGGAAGCACUGCAGAAGUAUCUCAAGCAAAGCACGGAGAGUGGGCAGAUGACGAGCAAGGAGGCAAAGCACUUCGAGCGCGCAAUGCAUUUGAAGUUUCAGCGCACGCUGGCUGAACCCGGCGAAGCAGUUGGUGUCAUUGCGGCCCAAAGCAUGGGAGAGCCGAGCACCCAAAUGACGCUCAACACCUUCCACUUAGCAGGACAUGGAGGUGCCAACGUGACUUUGGGAAUCCCACGUCUUCGCGAGAUCAUCCAAACGGCCUCAAGGAGCUGUUCAACACCUCUGAUGACUGUGCCUGUGUUGGGCACGGGUCCCGACGGGAAGCCUGCGUCGCUCCAGCAGCGAAUCGCAGCUGCUCAAGCGCUGAAGCGGCGAUUCCGAAAGGCCAGCUCAUUCUGGAGAAUGCUGUGA